UUUACGAAUAUACUGAAAGGCCGUGACGUCCGACAUGUUUGUUUAUACACUUCGCACGAUUUAGUUUGGUUAGAACGGCUAGAAAUUCAGACAAUAGCGAGUAUCGCCAAGAAUGAUUCCAACUCCAGAUCCUGCCUACCGCGUCGGAGAUUCAGUAUUACCUGGUGACGAUGUGUCUGCGGCUGUUCGUACUGGUGAUGUUUCCAAGAUAGUAUUGGGCCCAGGCUUAAGGCGCUUAGGAUCCCAGGUUGUGGUGUCUCGAGCAGGUGUGCUCAAAAUGCCUAAAAAUAAUGUGUUCGUCGUCGAUGCUUAUCAGAAACGAUAUAUUCCUGUGAAAGACGAACAUGUUGUUGGAGUAGUUACAAAUGCUAGUAGUGAUGUUUUUAGAGUAGAUAUUGGGGCUAGUGUAACUGCAUCCCUUUCGUACUUGGACUUCGAACAUGCUACCAAAAAGAACAGGCCCAAUAUUCAGGUUGGAGAUGUUGUAUAUGCCAAACUCUCUACAGCUGGCCGUGACAUGGAACCUGAAUUAGUUUGUGUAGAUACCCAUGGUAAAGCUGGGAAACUGGGGAAACUAGAAGAUGGAUUCCUUCUCACAUGUAGUCUCAACCUCAUUCGUAAACUUUUGUCAGUAAAUUGCCCACUAUUGCAAGCUCUAGGCCAGAAGUGGCCCUAUGAAUGUGCCUUUGGUAUGAAUGGGAAGGUGUGGAUUAAAGCAAGAUCAGUUAAAGAAACUAUUGCAAUUGGUAAUGCAAUUUAUGAAUCUGAACUAAUGGACAAUGCCCAAAUUAAGAAAAUGUGUACAAAUUUAGGGCUUGUUAUUGAUUCUAUGUAACUCACAAGCAAAUAUAAAAUGUAUUAAGUGUUAUAUGUACAAGUUGUUCUUUUCAAGAGUAGAGAAGAUUAAAUAAUUAAAUUAAUUACAAGGUA